ACUCCAGAAGAAGCGACGCUGGAAACAUGAGGUACAUCAGCACUCGAGGAGAAGCCAGGAGCGUUGACUUUGAAGGAGCCCUCUUUUCUGGCUAUGCGCCGGAUGGUGGCCUUUUCAUGCCCCAGGAAAUCCCUACCCUGGACUAUAACACCCUGCGCACAUGGAGUGCCUUCUCCUAUCCAGAGCUGGUGAAAGAGCUGAGUUCACUCUUCAUCUCGUCUGAACUAAUCCCACGGAAAGAGCUGAAUGAUCUGAUUGACCGCGCCUUCCGGAGGUUCAGACACAAAAAUGUUGUGCAUCUGGCCAGGCUGAAGAAUGGGUUGAAUGUUUUGGAGCUCUGGCAUGGUGUAACUUAUGCCUUUAAGGACUUGUCCUUGUCCUGCACAGGACAGUUUUUACAGUAUUUCCUGAAGAAAAGGAAGAAGCACAUCACUAUUCUAGUUGGAACUUCGGGAGACACCGGUAGCUCGGCAAUUGAAAGUGUGCGAGGGGAAAACAACAUGGAUAUCUUUGUUCUAUUACCCAAAGAUCUCUGCAGCCAGAUCCAAGAACUGCAGAUGACAACGGUGAUCGAAGAGAACGUCCACGUGUUUACUGCUCAUGGAAAUUGCGAUGAAAUUGACGAGCUGAUCAAAGAAUUGUUCGCUGAUGCAGAUCUCUCUAGAAAACACAAUCUGAUGAGCUUGAACUCAAUGAACUGGUCUAGGAUUAUGGUGCAGAUCGCUCACUACUUCCAUGCUUACUUUCAGUGCACUCCAUUCAUGGACAUGACUCCACUGCCAACUGUGGAAAUCGUUGUGCCAACAGGGGGUGGAGGAAAUAUCACAGCUGGAUAUAUUGCACAGAAAAUGGGACUUCCAAUCCAACUCGUCGCCGUGGUAAAUAAUAACGAUAUUAUGCACAGGGCAAUUCAGCAUGGAGAUUUCUCAUUCUCGGGGAGCGUUAAGCCAACUUUAGCUUCUGCAAUGGAUAUUCAGGAACCUUACAAUAUGGAGAGAAUCUUGUGGCUGCUUUCGGACUGUGAUGGCAGCUUGAUUAAAACUCUGAUGGAACAGUUUUACACAUCGAAAAACCUUACACUCCCAGAAGAAUUGCACAGAAAGCUUUCUGAAGUGCUGAGCUCAUGUUCCGCAUCUGAUGAAGACAUUGUUCAAGCAAUGAGACGCUGUUGGGAAGAAAAUCGCUACCUGUUAUGUCCCCACUCAGCUGUGGCUGUUCACUACCAUUAUAAGCAGUUGGACUGCCAUCUCAGCAACAGACCCAGGUGCUGCUUAGCAUCUGCCUCGGCAGCAAAGUUCCCGGAUGCCGUGCUCAGAGCAAAGCUUGUUCCUGAAGUUCCACCUGAGAUCCAAGCUUUAAACGCGAUGGAGACCAGGUCCACAACACUGAGGAGAGAAGACGACUGCAAGAACCCUAAGAGACAGAAUAGAAGCCAUCGCCAAGCGCAGACACACAUAGGUGGAGUUCAUCUGAUCCUGAAUAGUGCCAUACCUGGGCAGUUCCAUAUAAAAGACAAGGCUGACUUAAUGAUGCUUAAGCUUUCUGAUGAUUUCCCUUCCUAGGAAAGUCCUAAUGAACUCAAUUGAGGAUUAUAAUGUUUCCACAUAGCAUGUAACCAAAGCGAUAGAAUUCUGUAACAGGAAUAUAAUUCCCAAUCGAAUUCCAUAGAAUGUUUUUAAAAAAUUUUAGAAAGGCUCUGCCUGCCAAAUUCUAUAGGGUUUUUAGAGUAACGUUGAUAGAAUCCUGUUUAAAGUCUCUGGACCCAUAUAGCUUUUAUCCCUGUUAACCCUUAUGGAAAAGUUCUUUCACAUUUAUCUUCCAAGUGCCUUACAAACAGGAAUUAUUAUCUGACUAAGGCUUUACACAAUUAUUACAAUCCCAUAUCUUUCCUUCCCUAGGAAAAAAUCCCUAAAGGAAUUUAAUAUAAAUUGCUGUAAUGAUUUUUUUUCCUGAACAGUUAUGUUGUAAUUUGAUUAAGUAAUAAAAAUGAACUGCUGUCCAAAGUACACAAAAUAA